AGUCCAGUGGCCGUACGUCGGAGUGUCCGUGCUGCAGUUAAUCAUAGGCAUCGUAUUCUUCUACUUCCAAUACCGCGAGCUGGUUACUUACGAAGAUCGCAAGCAGGAAAAAUCUCCCAGGUCUUUCUCCGCUUUUCUUUCUCCCAGUCGUUUUCUCGAGGGACAAGGUCGCAAAGCUGUCUUCCUGCUCGUCUUUCUCUUCCUGUUCUAUACCAUGUUUCAGUUCAACCAGAACCCGUUCACGCAGUACAUGGUUUCUUACAUGGUGGAGACAGGCAUGUACAGCAAGCCCGAGGCCAGUGUGGUGUACUCCACCUUCUGGAUCUGUUACGCCUCCAUGCGGUGGGUGUCCAUCGCUAUAGCAGCCUGGGUCCCCAUCCACAUCAUGCUGUCUGUAGAAAUCACUGGCCUCUGCAUCUCCGGCAUCGUGCUGGCAGUCUGGGGCGCGACGAACAAGGCCGUGUUCUGGGCCUUCACUUGUAUCCUCGGUCUCUUUUCCUCCUCUGUCUUUCCUGGCGGUACAGCCUGGGCCAACCGCUACCUCGACGCCUCCUCCAUCGUGUUCGCCAUCUGUGUGGUCGGUGCUUCGGUGGGAAGCACGGCUGCGAACUACGCCACCGGGUACCUGUUUGAGUACAUGGGUCCACGGGCCAUGCUGUACCUCUUCAUGGGUUGCGGCUGCGGACUACUGGCGGUGUUUGCCGUGAUGCAGGUCUCGGUGUCUCCUCUCUUUGCACCCGGGAGACACACUCAGGAGGAAACGAUGGAGAUGAGUGUUCAUGGCGACAAAGAUGGCAAGAGAGAUGGCGAUGAUGUUGUUGCCAACGCCAAUCCUCCAAUGUCAAGUCAACAAAAAUAGACUAUGCGGUCAAACCUGUACAUGUACGUACUAGUAACCACCUUAUACAUGUAUAGUGUAAGAACCACUUUCCCAUUGUAUCCAUUGCAUAAAGAAUCAUGCCUAAUAGGUCGAUUUUGAAUUUGAAAAUCAGUAUCAGUUGCAUAUUGAUGGGCCGGUGUUACCUGUCUGUGUAAAAUGUGAGCGCUGUCGGUGCACUGAGGCCGUUAAUUGGUUGUACAUUUUGUAGCAACUUAAACAUGUCACUUUUGCAGCUGGGUAUCAUAAAUCGCGUGUAGGUAACUCCCAAGUUUUAUCUAAUAAGGCCACAGCAAGUAAAUUUUAUGGAUGAC